AUGAACCCCACGGGUAUAGCAGACACCACCCUGGAUGAAAGCAUCUAUAACAAUUAUUAUCUUUAUGAAAGCAUCCCCAAACCUUGCACCAAGGAAGGUAUCAAGGCAUUUGGGGAGCUCUUCCUGCCCCCCCUCUACUCCUUGGUCUUUCUGUUUGGUCUGCUUGGAAAUUCUGUGGUGGUUCUGGUCCUGUUCAAGUACAAGCGGCUCAAGUCCAUGACUGACGUGUACCUGCUCAACCUCGCCAUCUCGGACCUGCUCUUCGUGCUCUCGCUCCCUUUCUGGGGCUACUAUGCCGCAGACCAGUGGGUGUUCGGGCUCGGCCUCUGCAAGCUCGUUUCCUGGAUGUACCUGGUGGGCUUCUACAGCGGCAUAUUCUUUAUUACACUCAUGAGCAUCGAUAGGUACCUGGCCAUUGUGCACGCGGUCUUCUCCCUGAGAGCGAGGACCUUGACUUACGGGGUCAUCACCAGCGUGGCCACGUGGGCAGUGGCUGUGCUCGCCUCCCUCCCAGGCCUUGUGUUCAGCACGUGUUAUACUGAGCGCAACCACACCUACUGCAAAACCAAGUAUUCUUUCAACUCCACGAGGUGGAAGGUUCUGAGCUCCCUGGAGAUCAACCUUCUAGGGCUGGUGAUCCCCUUGGGGAUCAUGCUGUUCUGCUACUCCAUGAUCAUCAGGACCUUGCAGCACUGCAAAAAUGAGAAGAAGAACAAGGCAGUGAAGAUGAUCUUUGCCGUGGUGGUCCUCUUCCUGGGGUUCUGGACCCCUUACAACGUGGUGCUCUUCCUGGACACCCUGGUGGAGCUGGAGGUCCUUCAAGACUGCACCUUUGAGAGACACCUGGACUAUGCCAUUCAGGCCACAGAGACCCUGGCUUUCGUUCACUGCUGCCUUAAUCCAGUCAUCUACUUUUUCCUGGGGGAGAAAUUUCGCAAGUACAUCGUACAGCUCUUCAAAACCUGCCGGGGCACUUUGGUGCUCUGCCAGUACUGUAGGCUCCUCCCGAUUUACCCCGACACCCCCAGCUCAUCUUACACACAGUCCACGGUGGACCACGACCUCCACGACGCUCUGUAA